AUGACCAAGACUGUUGAUGAAGCUAAGGUUCUUAUUGAGAAUCUUGCAGCUAGUGAUUGUAACAACUGUCCUGAUUAUGACCGCUCAAGCCGCACCACUACUAGCUCCCCUGAUUCUUUUCAAAUGACUGAACUCAAGAACAUGAUGGCUCAAGUUCUUAAGGGACAGCUCAAGCAUAUCAAUGCAAUAGAAGGGAUGAGUGAUGCUAAUGAAGAUUCAUCAAGAGAAUGCAUGGGAGAUUUCUCUAAUGAAGCCAAUGAAGAAGAUGUGAACUACAUUGGAAACUAUGGGAACAAGGGAUACAAUCCAAGCUAUCGCCCAAACCCCAACAUGUCUUAUAGAAACCCCAAUGUGGAGAAUCCUCAAGACCAAGUGUAUCCUCCAAGGUAUCCACAACAACAAAGACCUCCUUACCAAUCUCAAGGAAGUCAAUUUCAGCCAAGGCAAGGAUAUGAGCAGAGAUCAUCAUAUCCGCCCAAGGAGCCAUAUGCUUCUUCACCAAAUCAAGCUCCUCCAAACCAACAAGGUGGGAGAUUUGAAGGAAUCCUCCAACAGAUCAUGGAUGGCCAGAAGAGAAACACUAAAGAGAUGUAUGAGAAGAUGGACACUUUGUUCAGCAAUCUCAACACCAAGUAUGAUGCUGUUGCCACUCAUGUGAAGAAACUAGAGACUCAAGUCACUCAAACUAUGGAAGCUGUUAAGAGACAGGAAGCUGAAUCCAAGAAGUCCUUUUGCAACUCAGCCGCCAUAGAAGAAAGAUUUGAAGACCAAGUUCCAGAAUGGAUGCUUUCAAAACCUACUGUUGAUUGCAUGAUUUGGCCUGAAGAGAAUUACCCAGAGAGAGAGUCCAAUCGAGCUAGAAAGAGAAGACUCUUCCCAAAGAUUAUCCCCAAGACAGAUAACUCAGGAAAGUUUGUUGUGCCUUGUAUCAUCAAAGGUAACAUUCUUGAGCAAUCUUUGUGUGACACAGGAGCCAAUGUGAACAUCAUGUCUAAGAGGAUAGCUGACAAGAUAGGCCUCACCAAGAUAGAGCCAUCAUCCAUCUCCAUCAACUAUGCUGAUUCAUUCUCACAAACACCCUAUGGCUUUGUGCCUAAUGUGAUGGUGCAGAUUGGAAAUUGCUCUAUCCCUACUGAUUUCCAGAUUGUGGAAAUGAGAGAGAGUAGCCAUAGACCUCUCAUAUUUGGAACCCCUUUCCUGUCUACUGUGGGUGCCAUAUUUGAUUUCCCCAAUCAAAGAAUCUCUUUCAACAAGGUGAACAAGGGUAUGUUCUUCCCUAUGUGUUCAACAAAGAACUCUUUUGUUGACAUGGUCCAAGAGGAGAAAGCUACUUUGAAGCCACCCCAAGAAGGAGAAACUGAAGAAACAAUCAAGGAAGAUCCCAUUCCUAAGCCCAAGCAGCUUGCCAAACAAGCAAGGAGUAAGACUAAGGCCCCUACACCAAAACCGCCCAAGGGAUCAACCAAGAUUGAAGAUGAGGCCAAGCCAAGAAGAAGGUUAGAAAGCCUAGAAAUUUUGGCCGAGCAAUUCCAAUCUGGCCGACCGUCACGGUCGAGCCGGGAAGGAAUAGCCGUGCUCGGCCGGAUCAUCUACUUGCGCGACAGAAAACGUUCGCGCCACGCACGCACGAACCGGGAAAGAUUAGGCCGCGAUCGGCCAAAUUUUCGUAUCGAACGGACCAUAUCGAGAGACCGUCCGAACGCGCAGUCCGGCUGGCCGAGGAACGAUGUUCCGCUCGGCCAAAACAUCCGUCCGACUGAAGUCUCGGCCAAAGUCCAAACCAUCGGCCGAUCACACAGCACGACCCGGGAAACAUUGCCCGCGGUCGGCCAAGCUUCAAACGUCCACGCCACACCGCGCGCGGGAAACAAGGCCUCGCGGCCGCGCAACCCGUUCCGCGUACCACGGCCGAUGCAUCCGUCCGAGCCGGGAAAGAACGUCCCACGUCCGGCCGAGAACCAUCGGCCAAAUCUCAAUCCGCUCGACCACGCCGGCCGACCGAAUCCGUCCGACCCCGACCGUUCCGACUCGCCCACGAUCCGACUGUCCGGCCGAUCGUCCCGCACGACCGUCCCAACGCCGCGGUCGACCCGAAGCCCUUUUUGA